GUCAUUGUUCGCUAGAGGGCGGUAAUACAUGGAUACACCGGAUGUUGACCGCCAAUAGACAUCACGAAGAAGAGGGAAAUCGAAGAGUGGUUUUCGUUGGAUAUAGUGUUUUCCAAGAAUGCGCUAAGAAUAUUUUUCUAAAUACCUCAUCUGGUUGUGUUCUUCUGAGCACGAUGGCUACUCAGAGAGUGCUCCCUCAAAGCAAAGAGACUCUGCUACAGAACUACAACAAGAGGCUAAAAGAUGAUAUCAGGUCCAUCUUGGACAACUUCACAGAAAUAAUCAACACUGCAAAGAUUGAGGAUGAGACACAAGUUUCCCGAGCAACUCAAGCAGAGCAGGACCAUUACGAAAUGCAUGUCAGAGCAGCCAACAUUGUUCGUGCUGGUGAGUCCUUGAUGAAGCUAGUGUCCGAUCUGAAGCAGUUCCUGAUUCUGAACGACUUUCCGUCCGUGAAUGACGCCAUCAGCCUCCAGAACCAGCAGCUCCGCUCACUCCAGGACGAGUGUGACAAGAAGCUCAUCUCACUCCGUGAUGAGAUCGCUAUCGACCUGUAUGAGCUAGAGGAAGAAUAUUACUCCUCCAGCUACAGUCAGUGGGACAGCACAGAUCUGCCACUGUGCGAGGCCUACCGGCGGCAAGACAGUUGGGCCUCCCCGGGUAGCAGCUGCAGUUCUACCCAGGGUGACAGAGAGGAUGUGGAAGGACCUCCCUCACAGGAGACAAACCCCCAGCACCACAAUGGACAUGGGACUGCCUCUAUAGAGAAAUCAUGAGGAGGAAAUCGGACAGUGAUUGGAACACAGGAGACUUCUGUGCAGUUUGGAUGUCACUGGUUUGGCUAAUUUAGUUUCCCUUACACACUGUGAUUUUGUGAGGCUUGCCACUGUUUUGUGUUAUGAACUUGAAGCUAGAUUCUGGCAUUUCCUUUUUCAUUAACAAGCUCAGAAAGAAUCAUAACAUUUGCCUCUAAAAUACCUUUCUCUUCAGUUUAAAUUACUUUCAAAAUGAAUUUAGAAAUGUGCAUAUACUACAGACACAAUACAGGAUAAUUAAAAAAAAAAUAAAAAUACUGACAACUUAAGAAUUGAGUGUCUUUGUAGCAUUGAAAUACAAAUAUCCAUUCUUUUAUAUUAUGUUGGACUCAGCUUAAGUUUUGAAUAUGACUGUGUGCUUACAUUUAUUUUGUAAAGGUUUGCUUAUGUACUUUUUUAAAUUCGUCCAAGCACUGAUCAAAUUAAAGAACUAAUUAAA